UAGAUUCUCCUAUUUGGUUCUCUUCAAAUAUCGUGGGCUCUUGGACCUCUUGUUCAUUCAAUACCCCCUUGAAGAAGAACAAGCUCUGUCUUCUCAAAGAGUAUAUAGAUAGACCCUUGUGCUAUUUGCAGCCUCGCAUCAAAUUAAAGCAAUGACAGUUUCUUCUGGUGAAAACUCGGUUGAGAGAAAAAGCUCUCUUUCUGGAUUUGCUCCACUGGAAGCUGUAUUAUUUGAUGUUGAUGGAACUUUAUGCGAUUCUGAUCCCCUUCACUAUUUUACCUUUCGAGAAAUGCUUCAAGAGAUAAAUUUCAACGGAGGGGUUCCUAUUACCGAGAAGUUCUUCUCUGAGAAACUUUCUGGCAAGCAUAAUGAAGAUAUGGCUUUGGUUCUCUUCCCUGAUGAUAUUGAAGGAGGCAUGAAAUUUCUUGCUGAUAAAGAAGCUUUGUUUCGGAGAUUGGUCCCAGAAAGAUUGAAGGCUGUAAAUGGCUUAUACAAAAUGAAGAAAUGGGUUGAAGAUCAUGGCUUGAAACGGGCUGCAGUUACUAACGCUCCAAGAGAGAAUGCUGAACUCAUCAUAUCGAUUCUGGGGCUCACAGAUUUCUUUGAAGCUCUUAUAAUAGGAAGUGAAUGUGAGCAUCCAAAACCACACCCAGACCCCUACUUGAAGGCUCUUGAAGCACUCAAGGUGUCAAAAGACCACACUUUUGUAUUUGAGGAUUCUGUUUCAGGGAUAAAAGCUGGAGUGGCAGCUGGGUUGCCCGUUGUUGGGUUGACUACAGGAAACCCAGAGCAUGCGCUGAUGGAAGCAAACCCUACCUUUCUCCUCAAGGAUUAUAAUGAUCCGAAACUCUGGGCAGCACUGGAAGAGCUUGAGAGUGCAGGAAAAGCUGUAGUUUGAAUAAUUCAUUGGCAAAAUAGUGUACUACUGCUCAUCUUUCCACCAUUAUUUACUGCUCAACCUGUAAAAAUACUGCUUGAACAAGGAUCACGAUCACAGGCUUGAAUAAGCUCACAAGCUUGAUUAAGGGCUUGCGUUGUCAAAUGAGGUCUAAUAAUAGCAUCUUGACAGUUAAAUUCUUCUGUAAA